AUGUCCGAUGCAGACUCUUCAGCCGAUGCAGAGCCGCCUUGUAGUGGCUCUACCACUGCCAAUAAAUCGAUAAUAGAGAAGACUGGUUUAAUUACCGCAGGAGAGACUCACUACGGCUGUCUCCGAUUUCAUCCAAUGCAUUUCCACUCUGAAGUACAACGUCCCAAGGCCCCAUUCAAUCCUCGAGUCUUUGACUGGACAAUUUCCAACAUGAAUUUUCCAAGACUCGUUAUGGAAAACGAUCAGUUCCCGCAAUACUGCCCGAACUACAGCUAA